AUGGCGCCGCCGGCCGUGCUCACUGCCCCGCGUGCCCCAGCCCCUCUUCCGCGCGGCCAGCCCGCGCAGCGACCUCGCCGCGGUCCACGCUGCGCGCCCGUGCAUUCGCUGCGGCCCGUAGUGCCCCGUAGCGCCGCCGCUCCCACCUCGCCGCCGCCGGCCAUGGCGCCGCCGCGGCUGGCCAAGCCCCAGCGCCGCGCGCACGCCCCUGCUUGGCCUCGGUCCACCAUGGACCGGUGGACCCGCGCGCCCCCUCCGGUCCACGGCCCGCCAUGGACCGGGCCAGCCCCGAGCCGACACGUGGCCGGCCAGAACGACCACUGA